AUGUUCGCGACCCUGAACGACCUCAACGCAGUGGCUGCUGGUGGGCAUGCAGGCCACAGCCAUGAAGACGAUGAUGAGGAUGACGACGACGGUGGGAACCCAAAUAUGUUCGCUGGCGGAGAAAAAUCGGGUUUGGCAGUCCAAAAUCCUGAUGACCUGAAGAAAAAGAUUCUUGACCGGGCGAGGCGUGGCUUGCAACGACCCGGCGGUGAUGAUCCUCGACAAGCUGAAUCAAACUUUAGAGGAGCAGCACGUACACUUGGCGGAGAUGACGCUCCAUCCCAAGAAAUCCCCGACCCUAAUGCUGCCGCUCCACGCCGUCCUGAGCUCGUGCAACGGCGGUUGCACUUCUGGGCUGACGGCUUCAGUGUGGAUGACGGGCCAUUAUAUCGCUUCGACGACCCAAAAAAUGCUCAGAUUUUGGCGCAGAUCAAGCUAGGCCGGGCGCCAACACAUAUCUUGAACGUCACACAUGACCAGGAGGUAGACGUGCAUCUGGAGCAACAUAAAGAGAAAUACGUCCAACCCAAGAAAAAAUUCAAACCAUUUGAGGGAGGCGGGCAGAGAUUGGGCAGUCCAUCGCCCGCUGAUAGAGAGACGGUCACUGAGACAGCCGUGCAGCCACAGCAACAGACACAGGCUGCGAAACCGCCAUCAACAGGCUCGGAGCAGCCGAGCGUGGAUGUCAAUGAGAGUGAGCCGACAAUCUCUUUACAGAUAAGACUUGGAGAUGGCACGAGGAUGGCGAGUAGAUUCAAUAACACACAUACGAUUGGGGACGUCUAUAGCUUUGUCGAUGCGGCAAGCCCGCAGAGCAGGACGAGGAGUUAUACGCUUAUGACGACCUUUCCGAGCAAAGAGUUGGGGGAUAAAUCUCAGGUACUGGGUGAUCUAUCGGAGUUCAAGAGGGGCGGAGUCAUGGUGCAGAAAUGGACGUAG